ACACCAGGACAAGCAGAGGGGAAGUACUGGGAAAUCUGGACGAGGAGAAAGAGGGACAAGCUGUGUGGGUGCUUUAAGCUGCAGAGACGACUGUUUUUUCCCCACUAACGCGUGGAAAUGAAUGCCCCGCGGUAUAUAUUCCUCCUGGCUUGUGCCUGCUUUCUUUAUCAAGCCGAUGGACGCAAAACAUACAGGGAUGUAUUCCCACACAAGCACUCAUCAAGGAAGUUUCCAUUUCCAAUCCCACCAAUUCCUGGCUGGGAUCCUGAUUCCAACCCAUGGGAUGAUUACCUCUACCCACCACUAAACAUAAAGUUAAAUGAUUUUAUGCACCACAGAGGUAAACCCAAAGUCCAUUUGACCAGUGACAGUCCCGCUCUGAAUGGCUCUUGCAUCACCUUCACUGCCAAGUUGGAGUAUCCUCCCUGCCAGAAGGAGGAUGCCAGUGGGGACCUGAUCUGGGAUGAGCACUGUGAGGACGGUACGGAGCUGGAGGCCUCAGCCAAUGGACAGGUUCACUCUGGCUAUGUGUACAACUGGACUUCCUGGUUGGACGACUAUGGCUUUGGAAAGUGUAGAGACAAGACAAAAUGCAACGUGUUCCCAGAUGGGAAACCCUUCCUUCAGAGGAACGACUGGAGACGAAAGAGUUACGUCUAUGUAUGGCACACAAUGGGCCAGUACUAUGAGACAUGUGACGGCUCUUCCUCCAGUGUGACCAUCAAUACCACCAACAUCCCUCUGGGGGCAGAGGUCAUGGAAGUCAUGGUCUACAGGAAACGCGAGCGCAGGAAGUACAGCCCCCUCACCACCGCCAAUACUGUCUUCUUUCUCACAGAUAAGAUUCCAGUGGCGGUCGACAUCUCUCAGAAGGGUGCAGUCAACCAGUCUGAGAAUAUUUUCAUCAGUGGUGAGGAUGUGGUUUUCAGAGUCCACCUCCAUGACCCCAGCGGCUACCUGAAAACUGCCGCCUCCAUUGACUACAUCUGGGAUUUUCGAGAUGGCAAUCAGCUGGUAACACACCGCAACAUGACCACACACGCCUACAGUAAGCUGGGGACCAUGAGCGUGAAGCUGGUGGUCGAGGCAGCGUUUCCAGUUGAAUGUCCGCCUCCUGCCAAUACCCCGACCUCAAGCACUUCCACAGAGGCUCCUACAACUCCACUUGUUACUCAUGCUGUUACUACCAAGAUGGAGACCACACAGGCGCCGCCCAGCACCAGCUUGUCCCCCGCCUCCUCCUCCUCUAUUUCAACGAGUUUGCCCACCACGGAGCCCCUCCCUUCCACUGUUGCCCCAGAGUCCAUCCCCACCACCCCGCUGUGGCUCCGCACCAGGCGUCUCAACAGCAACCAGUGCUUCCGCUACGCCUAUGGGACCUUCACAGGCAACAUCACUAUCGUUGAGCCCAAGCACCUGCUGAACACCCUGCCAAGGAGUCAGAUUUUGGAAGUGUCAGCCCACAGAGUGACCAACACUGAUGUCAACUUCCUGGUGAAAUGUCUGGGCAGCAUUCCCACUUCAGCCUGUACCAUCGUGUCAGACCCCAGCUGCACUCAGGUACGCAAUAUUAUGUGCAACGAUGUGCCGUCGCUGUCAGAGUGCAAAGUGCACCUGAGGCGACGGUUUCUGGAACCUGGCACCUACUGUGUGAACAUCACCUUGGAGAACUCCAGCAGCCUGGCCCUCACCAGCACCACUAUCACCAUCACCAAGUCCCAGGAAACACCUGUGUCUGAGACUUCUCGCACCGCAGAAGUGGUUCUCUCCUCGAGUGCUGUGCUGGUGGCCAUAUUUGCAUUCAUUGCCUAUGUGGUUUAUAGGCGUUAUAAGGUGUACCGGCCCAUUCGCAGGUCACUGGUGGAGGAUGCCCGUGCCAGGGUUGGAGGUCAAAUGGUUCGACUGAGAGAGGCGCUCUUCCCCUCCAGUGAGGAGAGUUGUCACCUGUUGACUGAGAGACACCCCCUGUAGGCUUUGUUGAGCUGUGUCAUCACUUAAAGAUCUGAAGCCUAUGAUCGUCAGAUAUGAAUCUAAUCAAAAGUUUAAUCAUUAAACUAUCAAAAUAGCAGGAAUACAUAUUUGUAAAAAAAAAAAAAAAAAAACUAAUUUUGCUUGUUUUGUUUAAUCGUACUCUGGAAAAUGGCUAAUGCUACAGCAGUCGCUGAUUGUAAGAUGAUUUUCUACUAAAGAGGCUGUUAAAUGUGUGAUUGAGGCACUCAUUUUGACUACAACAUAGGAUGCAGUAGCUGCUAUAAAAUAGAUUGGGCUAAAGCAAUGGCCAUUUCUGAUUAAAAGAAAUGUUUUGUCCAUUCUUUUGUCAAGGACAGCAUUAAAAUACCGUUUUUAUAGUAGUUUAUAGGUGAAACCCUUGGCAAAUGUUCACUAGUAGUGACGCAUGUACGCUCUUCAGAUGAGUGAAUUAAAAUGGAAUUUCUUUAACUCCAAGUUUAAAAAAAAAAAAAAAAAAAAAAAAAAUCUCAGUCAAGGAAUUCAGAGCAACAGAAGC